UAUCAAGCACUUAUGGAGUCGAGGAAGACUGUGUUUCCACUUCUCUCUCUCUUCGUUUUCUCUCUCCUCUUAGGACGAGGAUCGGGUCGUCACCAUGUUGAUUAUCGCUUUAAUUCUUGGCCGACCAAGCUGUUCGUGUUCGGAGAUUCGUACGUCGACACCGGCAACAUUAAGGCCACUAAUUCCAGCUCCCGGAACUUGCCGUAUGGAAUUACAUUUCCCGGCGUACCUUCCGGUCGUUUCUCCGAUGGUCGUGUUAUGACCGAUUUCUUCGCUAACUAUCUUGAGCUGAAGUCACCGGAGACCUUUAUUGGAUGGCGGAAGGGUGGAAGGAAAGGGCCCAAAUAUGGGAUGAACUUUGCUUUUGGAGGAACUGGCGUGUUCGACACGUCGUUUCCUUUCCCGAACAUGACGACCCAGAUCGAUUUCUUCCAAGGUCUUGUUGCCAAUAACAUAUUUGAUCCAAAACAUGUCGGUUCAUCUGUUGCUCUUGUCUCCCCGUCGGGCAAUGAUUAUUCCUUUUAUCAAGAGAGAAAUGGAUCCAUGGAGGGACUCCAGCCCUUCAUUAUAUCAGUAGUGAACCAAAUUGCUGUAAAUUUGAAGCGCAUCCAAAGCUUGGGAGUGAAAAAAAUAGUGGUGUUAGGGUUAGGGCCAGUGGGAUGUCUCCCUCAGCCAACAGCCAACUCGUCAUUCAAGCACUGCAAUUCAACCACGAAUUCAAUGGCUAAAGUUCACAACCUUUUAUUAAAGCAAGCUGUGGAGAAACUAAACAAGGAUACAAAGGGUUCCCCGUUCAUCAUUUUCGACGUCUACAACGCAAUCUUGUCCAUCAUCCGAAACAAAGGGAGCCCUAAAGCUAGGGCAAGAUUUGUGACGCCAUUGAAGCCAUGUUGUUUUGGAGUAAGCAGUGAGUUUUCGUGCGGGAGCGUGGAUGAAAAGGGCAACAAAAUGUACACUUUGUGCAAACGCCCUAAAUCAGCCUUGUUUUGGGACUCGGUGCACCCUACUCAACAGGGCUGGUUCGCAACUUUUAGCUCUUUGGCAUCCUCUCUUAAACAUCAUCUUUGAAUUUGUUGUUUCUGUUCAAUGUAUUUUUAUUGAAAUUAAUAAAGAAAAUCUAUUUUCUGUUCAGAGUUGGUUGGGUAACUCAAAUAGAAUUUACAAUCCAAU